UAACCGUAAAGAUGGGGACACUAUCGCGCAGUGCGUCACCUUAGACUGAUUGGGAAAAUGGACGUGGAGAUAGAGAAUGUUAUUAAAAUAAUAUUUCCAGACGGUAUUCCAGAUAACUGGAAAGAAAACCCAGAUGUUGCAUUGUAUAUAACAAAGUUGGGAUCGUUUGGAGUUGAGCAGUUAAGUAAGGAACCUGACAGGCUGAAUGAAGAGAAAUCAUCAGUACUUGAACAAACACAGCAACUUGCAUUUGCCAAUUACAAGACAUUUAUACAGACUGCCGAGUGCUCUAGGGAGAUAUUCAAACAGUUCAAUAAUACUGAACAAAAUUUGGAAUCAUUGCUGAAGAAGUUGCCAGAGUUUUCACAACGAUGUCAGGAUUUCAGCAAGGCAUCGAGCGAUAUAAAUACUCACAGACGUCUCAACUCCUUAACUCUCACCAGAAAUGCGCAGCUCCUGGAGAUUUUGGAGCUUCCACAACUUAUGGACACAUGCAUCAGGAACGGGAACUAUGAAGAAGCACUGGAAUUAGCAGCUUAUGUCAGGAGGCUUGGAAAAAAACACGGACAGAUACAAAUUAUUGCUAGUAUAGUGAAAGAUGUCGAGACAGCAUGGUUGUCAAUGCUUCACCAGUUGCUGGCACAGCUUCGGACAGACCUCCAGUUGCCAAGGUGCCUGCAAGUGGUGGGGUACCUCCGUCGGAUGGAACUGUUCUCUGAAGCCGAGUUACGACUAAAAUUUCUCCAGGCUAGAGACACCUGGCUUCAGAAUUUGCUUUCUGCUAUACCGAAAGAGGAUGCAAAUCACCACCUGAGUAAAACCAUUGAACUCUCGCGAAUUCAUCUAUUCAGCAUUGUGACGCAAUACAGAGCCAUAUUCAGUGAUGAUGAACCGAUUCUGCCUUUGCCAAAGGACCAGAAUAUUAAUGAAACUGCAAUAUUCUAUAGUUGGAUAACUGAAAAGGUGUCUCAGUUCCUGACUACACUAGAACAGGAUUUGAAUCGAGGAGUUGGGAACUCUCUGGACUCAGUAAUUGGUCAGUGUAUGUACUUUGGGCUGUCAUUCAGUCGAGUCGGAGCAGACUUUCGAGGUCUCAUAGCACCCAUUUUUAUUGGGACCAUCUCGCAGAAUUUUGAGCAUGCAGUGCGUAAAGCUAGCAAGAAGUUUGACCAGGAAAUGGAAAACUUUACUUUGUCAAAACUUCCUCAGCCAAGCUUGUCGCGGAAUGUUCCGCCAUCUCAGUCCUCAAAACAGGAACAUCCUCCUCAGUGCUUGCUGGAGUUCCACCCAUUGGCAGACUAUUGCAAUGGCAUCUUAACCGCGUUUAAUGAGCUGCGACUGUGUGCUCCCGUAGCAGUUGCGGAUAACGUAACCAACCAACUGAGAGAGUCGCUGAGCGGAGUAGCUCGCUCCACUUUAGGUUUCUAUCGGCAAGAACAGCAAGCUCUGACGCAAGCAGAGAAGGAUAAUUUUACAAAAUUCUGUGCAUAUUUUGCAGAAGAACUGCUGCCUUAUGUACAGAAAUGUCUUCACGCUGUGUUCCCACCAGCAGUUAUUGCAUCUCACCUGGGAGUCGGUAUUCAACAUUUGCAAAAAGAGGGUUUGACGUACUUUGACCAGGCUGCAAUACUGGAUCCUAUCAACCACUUACUUCCUGUGAAGGUGGAGCCACCAUCUAUCUCAUCAUCGCAUCGCAUUACUUUAUUUAAACAGGAUUCCAUCCCACCUGACAGCACAGCUGUUAAGCCCAAUGUUGACGAACCUGCACAAAAUGUUGAACUGGACACAACACCUACAAGCAGCUCAGUCUGUUUUUCAAAUACAGAAGACAUAAACCAGUUCCAAGAGUCUAGUGGAAAUUCAGUUUUACAGCCAGAAGAACCAAAACCAGAUCACUUCUGAACUUAUAACAAUAUAAUUACUGACGUAAUAGCACAGAAAUCGAAACCACCUUUACAUCUAUUUCAACUAUCAAGAAGCGAAUACUACUUACAUUUUUCUUGUUGUAUUUAGUGAUGUGAUGUGAUGUCGCAUUCACGAGGCAAAAAUGAA